AUGUAUCUCCGCGCGGUUCACGCAGAAAACAGCAUCCCGGCUCUUCGCCAGCUCAUUAAGGACUUUCCUCUCGGCGUCCUGACUACGGCCAUCGCUUCCACGUCCCAGCCUUUCAUUCAAUCCAGCCACAUUCCAUGGGUUCUGGAUGUAGAGGAUGACUCCAGCGAGACUGAGCUUGGCGUCUUGAGAGGACACCUGGCCCGCGCAAACCCUCAAAGUAAGACAAUGAUCGAGUCAUUGUCGGCGGACAACCGAACCGGAACCGGCAACGUCCUUGAUCAGGAAGUGCUAGUUCUCUUCACGGCACCGACUCAUCAUUACGUAACGCCCAAGUUCUACACCGAGACCAAACCAACCACGGGCAAAGUCGUACCGACCUGGAACUACGCCGCCGUGCAGGCAUAUGGACGUGCCAAAAUCUACUACGAGUCCAAGUCCGAAGAAACUUCCAGCUUCUUAGCUCGGCAGAUUCACGACCUCUCGCAACACGGGGAGAUGUCGGUUAUGGGGUACACAAGCAAAGGUGACCGUCCUGGGCCGUGGAAAGUGACGGAUGCUCCGGAGCGAUACAUUGAGCUUUCGAAAAUGGCAAUCGUUGGUAUUGAAAUCAUCAUCGACAGACUGGAGGGCAAGUUUAAGAUGAGCCAGGAGUUGGGCGAGGGAGAUCGCGAAGGAGUUGUCAAAGGAUUCAAGGCACUCGAUUCCGAUGUGGGCAGCCGUAUGUCUGACUUGGUCAAGGAGCGUGGUGAGCUAAAGCAGAGAUCGAAGCAAUAA